AUGGGUGACAUUGUUUCCGAGAUUCCAGGGGAAGAACCGACAAAAUUGACAGCAGAGGCGCUUCGCAAACAAGAGGAACAGGUGAGCCAACAACUCCAGCAGCUCCAGCAGCAAGGCCAGCAGAGGAAGGCAGAACGGCCGCCGGUGGAGCCGCACGGGACAUUGCAGGUUCGGCAGGCUCAGCAUGGGUCGUUGCCAAACUCUAGAAAGGGCAGCAAUGCGUCGAGCAAGGGCCGAAGCUCCUAUGCGAGCGUUUCCACUACUUCGUCGCUUUCAACGAGUCGACAUCCGUCGCUUUUGCGGGCGCAGACGUCCAAUAGCAUACCCACGAUACCUUCGCAUCUGCAUGUAAAACGGUCAUUGAGCAACGGCAACAACGAAACGCCCCAGUCGCCCGCUGCUCCUUCGGCAAGUGGCGUGCCCGGAAGCCCCACUCAUGCACCGCACCACCCCUCGGUUAGCCGGUCUCCCAGUGGAGGAUCGGUUAUCCGAUCAAGAUCCAGGCUGCUCAAUCAGCCGUCGUUGCACCAGCAAAAUGCCCAGUAUUUUGCGCAGGAAAAGUCCUACUUGCGAAAGAUUAAGAACCAGACCGUCGACGACUACUAUACGAAAGGCAUCACCGGCGCCGACGACGGUAAUAGGAGCAUUGCCGAAGAAGACGAAGAUGAGUUUGAAGAUUACGAAAGCGGAUCGACCGAUGGCGGCGAUAGCGCAUUGUUGGCGUCGAUUGACGAGGACAAGUACCAGAUCGACUAUAGCAUGGCGGUGUCGUUGAUGAAAAACUCGAGCGUCAACUUGAAGAAAAUCACCAACUUCCGCAAUGAAGAAACCGAUGAUCCGGGGGUCAUUGAGAGACUCGAUUGGCAAUCGAUGCUAUCCUCGGUUCUAACUGGUGAUGUUGUUCGCUCGGAAAAGACCAAAAUCAUCAACAAUAACAACCCAGAUAACCCACUCGAGGGCUAUUUCCAUGCGGCCUUCAAGGAAAAUAUCUGGUUUGGGAUACGCGCCAAGAUCUUCAACAGAACCGAGGAUGAUCAACGGAAAAUCGUAGCUUAUAGGAGAACUUUGGUGGAGCAACUCAUUGAGGACAUUAUGCAGUUUGAAGUUAGCUACGACGACCCAACUGGGAACCCGAUUCGUGCUCAAGUUGAGCUUAUACUUGAUCGGUAUGACGAAGCUUGCAAUUUAUGGAGGAAUUUGGCCGAAAUGCGCAAUGACAAGCCCGCUUGCCGCAAUGAAGAGUUUGAAAAUAGAGUUGAUGCAUUGACAGCAUGGCUCACCAUCACUGAUGCCAUCAAUCGAGAAACUCAGACCUUGAGAAUUUGGAUCGGGAACGAUGAGUUGGACAUUACCAAGUCCCCAGUUGACACCACUCCGCAAUCGGGACUAUCGUCGCCUUCGAGUAGCAAGAUUGUCAAGAAAAUCUUUGACGAAGAUAAUAAAUCAUUGGCUGAGCGGUUGAUGAAGGAGAAAGAUGUCCAUACCAUUUUUAGAAAGCGAAUCUUUAAGCCCAUUGCACCAUGGAUGAUAAAGUCGAAGGACACCUACAUUCGAUUAGGCAGCAUGUUUGAAAUCAUGAAGUUGCCCGAUUAUUUGCACGACUUGAUCCAGAUUUGCAUCGUUCCUAUGAAGUUGAUCAAGGAGAUCAUUAUUGUGCGAUUAGGUUAUGCGGUCAAGCUCCAAAACCCAACGUUGAUGAUGAUUGACCAGAUGCUUGAAGAUGUCAAAUCUUACAUCACGAUUGCGUUGGAGGUGAAGCUGGGGAUCCAGCAGUACAAAAAGCCCGAUCCUGCCAACAACUGGAUGUUGGGAGACUUGUUUGAUGCCGAAAUUGCCGACUUUGAUAGUGUCUUGCUUCGGUCGAUCCGAUACUACUUGAGCUUAUUGAACAAGAAGUUGUUAGAUAGUUCAAGAUCUCCAACAAACUUUAGAACAUUCAAAGAGCCGGAGGAACUAGAAGAGGCAUGGCAUUUUCUCAAAUCGCUCGGCUACUACAUUGAUGGAGGAUCCGCGGUGGUGGCUGAAGAAGUUGCCUCGUUGACACUGCGAUUGAACCAUAGGCUUUUGGUUUAUUUCAAUCAUUCAAUCAGAAGCCCCUCGUCCAGCGGGGUGCACCAGGAUUUGACGCGAUGGUACAGUUCCACUUUAGACAAUUUCGGUCAACUACGCCGUAAAUUGGCUAGAUUCACCGGUGAUAUUUCGAGAUCAUUUACCAACUCGUUUGUGUUUGAGAUACCGCCCUCGUCACUGCAGAACAAUACCAAACUCUUGCUCGACAUUUUGAGAGCCACGAAUCAUUUCUUGGUCUAUACAAAUACACUUGAGUCGCAAGGCACCUAUUUCUUUGCCAGUGCCGAGCUCACCGGUAAUGAUGUGCAAAUAUUGAAAAUCUUGAGUGGAGACUAUGUUGGUUUGGAACCAAACGCAAAGCAUUUGUCGUUUACCGAACUACUUAGAGUGCUUCAAGCCUCCAGCGAUGGCGAUGGCUAUAGAGAGGAGAUUGUUGAACGAGAUCCAACAAGGCAUGGUUAUGUUUUAGCGCUUUGCCCUCAAAAGCCAAUUGUAUGGGAAGGAGCUGUUGUCAAUGUGAGCAUUGAAUCUGUACCCAUCACCGAUUUGAAAAAUGGCCAAUUAUUGGUGGUUGCCAAGGUGCCAAGCAACGAAAUGCACGUUAUUCAGGAUAAAUUCUUGGACCUUGUUAGUGAUGUCUUUACGAUUGGCGGUGGCAUGAAGCCCGUUGAACAUCGAUGCUCGUUGACCAAAGUUCAUCAAGAGUUGUCCAAGACAAACAAGGCGUUUUUUCGGAUGAGUUUGUCGGUGUUGGACUCGGCCAGGAUUGCCCUAAAUCAGUUUAAGGAGUUGGACACAAGAGGCGAUUACCAGGCCGUGAUAAACAACUAUUUUGUAUUUGCUCGAGAUUAUGGGAAAAAUGCCGCGAGAAAUCUUGACUCCUACAGGAAAUCAUCGGUGAUUAUGAAGUUGAUCCAGUUGGCCAUUGACUGGGUGAAAUUUAUCUGUGACGACUGCGUUCCUACUGACAGAAAGACAUUUAGAUGGUGUGUUUUAGCAUUGGAGUUUGCCAUGGAUAUGACUAGAGGCGUCAACAUCUUAUUCUUGAGCGAUGAACAGUUUAGCAAGUUGAAAGUGAAAGUUGCUAGAUGCAUGUCCUUGUUGAUAUCGCAUUUCGAUAUCAUGGGAGCAAGGUCGAGUGAAGCUGAAAAGAACAAGUUGUUGAAAUGGUCUUCUCAAAGACAAAACAUUGAAAACUCACUGAAUGAUGAGUAUGCAUAUAAGCUCUACCACGACGAGCUCAUGGAGCAGAUUGACGAGAUUGAAAAAUACCGAGCAUCGCUUCUGACAGAUCUCCAGUCCGCUGGAAAAGUCAUUGACAAUAGCGAUCUGGAGUACCAAUUUGUCACCUUGUUGGCGUCUUCCUUCUCGAGUGUGUCUAUUCGUUGGCAAAAGGGGAAAUACAUCGGUGGCGGUACAUUUGGCCAAGUGUUUUACGCUGUCAAUUUGGACACUGGUGGAAGCAUGGCGGUAAAGGAGAUUCGAUUCCACGAUAGUCUGUCGAUCAAACAAGUGGUGCCGCAAAUCAGAGAAGAGAUGACCGUUUUAGAGAUGUUGAACCACCCAAACGUUGUUCAGUAUUACGGUGUCGAGGUCCACCGAGACAAGGUCUACAUUUUCAUGGAGUUCUGCGAAGGUGGAUCAUUGGCAAGCUUGUUGACCCACGGGAGAAUCGAGGACGACAUGGUGGUGCAAGUUUACACGUUCCAAAUGUUGGAAGGUUUGGCCUACUUGCACCAAUCGGGUGUCGUUCACAGAGACAUCAAGCCAGAGAAUAUCUUGCUUGACCAUAAUGGUGUGAUCAAGUACGUCGAUUUCGGUGCUGCCAAAGUCAUUGCCAAUAGCGGACGAACUAGAGCAUCAACACAGUCGAUGAGACCUACUUCUGCUGCUGCUGCUGCUGGUAGCGGCGGCGGUAAUCAACAAAAUUUGAAUUCCAUGACAGGAACACCAAUGUACAUGUCUCCCGAAGUAAUCACCGGUGCGUCAACAGACCGCAGCGGAGUGGUGGAUAUCUGGUCUUUGGGAUGCUGUGUUUUGGAAAUGGCAACGGGCAGAAGACCCUGGGCUAAUCUCGAUAACGAGUGGGCAAUCAUGUACCAUAUCGCUGCGGGACACAAGCCUCAAUUGCCAGCACCGGACCAGUUGAGUGCAGAAGGUAGACGGUUUAUUUCAAGGUGUCUUGAACACGAUCCAGCAAAGAGACCUAGUGCCGUUGAGUUAUUGAAUGAUCCCUGGAUGUUGGCGAUCAAACAGGUUGCUUUUGGGCCUUCAUCGGAUCUCAGCACACCAUCGUCUGAAAACGGCAGUAUCAUUUGA